AGUCUAUUAGUUGAGUGUGACAGGCAGUAGCCUCAGCUGGUGCGGCUCCGUGGAAAAUAACUUGUCAGCUUCUUCGAAAGGUCGCUGCUUUUGCUCGAAUUAAAGCAGAAAUUAUGUAGCUUGUUGAUUCAGAAAAGCGGAUCCGAGCUGCGUGUGCGGACAUGAGGGGUGUUUUCGCGCUUCAGUGGGUUUAAAAGCGAAGUGAAAGAAGCGAGGAUGAACUCAGACAUACAUAAACCACCCGUGGCCCCUAAACCAAAGCCAGCCACCAGCCCGAAAGCUUUUCUGUCCCCCCAGGUCCCCGGCCAAAAUGGCCUCACUCUGUCUCCAGGCACAGCAGAGAAGACUAAACCUCCAGUAGCUCCCAAACCUCCCAAACCGGCGUCAGAAUCCCCUUGGAACAAAGGACUUCAUAACUCUCAAAAUGGAAUUCAGCAGAGCAAAAAGCCUGAGUGGGAUUAUGUUAUUCCGAUUUGCUUGUGUAGCCAGGAAAACUGCACAUGCAUCAGGACCACAAACGUAAAGCAAAAGGAGAAAAACGUUAAGCCGCUGCACAGUAAGACAGAGGAAAAUGAAUUGUUAUCAUCAGGCAAACAGUGUGUUAAUGGAGGGACAGCUAGUGAUGUGAGGUGGCAGGUGAAGAACUCGUCUUCCACAGAUGCGCCUGUCAUUAACCACAAACAUUUCCGUGACAAACCCAACAUAGCCAGAACUCUCAGUGGAGACUCUGGUACCUCCAGCCCUCGGACCGUUGGGCUGCCUCUUCCUCACAGAACCAACGCUGAGACAAAAGCUGUUAGUCCAACUGAAAGAGGGCAAAAGGAUGACUGUUUUAGCUCAGAGCAAACAAGUGUUCUCCAGCCCAAACCAGUACUAAAACCCUCCAGGAAGCCUCCACCUGUCCCUGUGCAACGGAAACCCAGAGCAGCUGCUUCAUCUCAUCAGGAAAAGGUGGAGGACAAGAGAGAGGAGACCGCCGUUCAGGAAAGGAGGGAUGUACGCGUCAAAGAGGUGAAGAUGUCAUCUGACAGGAAGGGAAGCUCAUCCAUGUCUGUCAGUGCACUUAAUAGUCAAAACAAUCAACUAGCUUAUCUGUGUGCAAGGAAAGCCUGUCCCCCGCCAACCAGGAUAAAACCUCACCCUGACGCCAGGAAAGUGCCCACCCCGUUAGUUAAAACACCAGCUGAGGAUGUGCAGCAUGAAGAGUCCGAUUUGGAUGCCAAACCUAAUAAGGUGGAGAAAUCUGUUAGUCAAACGGAUCAUAGGAAUAAGAAAGGUGGAGAACAUCAGGAAGAGACGCAUCACCUUCCUUCUAGUCCUUCAGUGAGUCGUCCAGACCUCAGUAAGCCCCCUCUCACAACUACUGCAACAGAGGAGAAACGGAUGGUUAAAACAUCUUCAAAGAAGCAUUGCAGGCACAACAGCACAUCUUCAUUGAUGCAGCAUAAAGAAUCCCCAGAGGAGAAAGAGGUGGAUAAAUCAGAAGAGUGCGUGCCAAGGAUGGUCAACACUUCAAACAACGACACUUUGAAGAGGGAGCUGCCUGUACCUCCUCCGUUUGGAAAAGCAGCUGGAAAGAUCAGUGCUUCUGGCGCCAAGCUAAGCAAAAAGAAGUCCAGGUCCUUUUCUUCUGCUGACACCUUGGGUUCUGACGGGUCCAAGGGGAACAGCUUCCGGAAGGUUCUAGAAUUAAAGCUGGGCAAGAUGAUGCCACCAAAGAAAGCUGCAAAAGAAAGCCAGAAUCCAUACGCCACGUCAAGUGAUGUGGACAGAAGUACCCACAAUGACCACGAUGAUUACCAAGAAGUCUCCGAACAUCCACAUUUGGAACGCAAACUCCCCUCCCUGCAGUCUGGAGUGGAGCAGAAUGUCGAUGGAGACGAGUUUUUUCCUGGAGUCAAAGAAGAUGCCCUGUAUGACAGCAUAGGGAUCUACGAGGAGAUAUUGGACUAUGAGAAUGUGGAUGUUGGAAACAUGGGGACCUGUCCUCCAGCUGCCCACACAAAGGACUGGCAGAGGGAUGAAUAUAACGACGAGAACAUUUACGAGGAACAAGAGCCGUAUUUCUCACUGGAAAAAAACAUUCACCAGGCUAAGACACGGACAGAAGGCGACAGGUCAUUUGAUAAGAAAUUGUCUUUCCUGAGUGACUCCUUUGACGACACUUCUGAAGAGGAAGAGGACAGCAGUUCCCUGUCAAGUAAAGGUGACCCAGAAGAGCUCGGAGAGCAAACGUUGCAAAGAGAAAAGAAGAAAAGUAAAAUCCAAUACAUCGCCACAGAAAUUAUGAGCUCCGAGAGUGUGUUUGUUGACAUCCUGAAGCUGCUUCAUGUUGACUUCAGAAAUUCGGUGGAUGUAGCGUCUCAGCAGCAUGGAAAGCCUGUGAUUGAGGAACGUCUUCUCAACCAGAUCCUGUACUACCUGCCACAGCUUCAUGAACUCAAUGAAGACCUGCUGAGAGAGCUGACUCAGAGAGUGGAUCAUUGGGAUGAGAAUUCCCAAAUAGCAGACAUUUUCUUGAAGAAAGGGCCCUUUUUGAAGAUGUACUCUACCUACAUCCGCGAGUUCGACAAGAAUGUGGCUCUACUAGAGGAGCAAACUAAGAAGAACCCAGCAUUUGGAGCAGUCGUCAAGGAAUUUCAGGCGAGCCCACGCUGUGCCAACUUGGCUCUGAAGCAUUACCUGCUGAAGCCGGUUCAGAGAAUUCCUCAGUAUCAACUGCUGCUCACUGAUUACCUUAAAAAUCUAUCUGAAGACUCUAAGGACUACGUAGACACACAAGCUGCUCUUGCUUUAGUGAAGGAGGUGGCCAGUCAUGCCAAUGACACCAUAAAACAUGGGGAUAACUUUGAGAAGCUGAUGCAGGUGCAGAGCUGUCUGAGUGGCAACCACCAUGAGAUCAUCCAGCCCGGACGGGUUUUCCUUAAAGAGGGUGUCCUGAUGAAACUCUCCAGGAAGGUCAUGCAGCCCAGUAUGUUUUUCCUGUUCAACGAUGCCUUGCUGUACACCGUUCCUAUUCAGUCAGCCCAGUAUAAGCUGAAAAAUAUGAUGUCGCUAGCAGGGAUAAAGGUUAGUAAACCGAGUCAGGAGGCCUACCAGAAUGAGCUGAACAUAGAGAGCGUGGAGCGCUCUUUCACACUCUCUGCCAGUUCAGCUUCAGAGCGAGAUGAAUGGCUUGAGUCAAUUUCCAUGGCGAUUGAUGAAUACACUAAGAAGAAAAUUAGUUUUAUAUCCGGCAAACCUCCAGAUGAGGAACAAGUGAGGAAUGUUGAUGAUGAUGAUGGUGCUAAUUUAGGAUCCAAAGCCCCCAUAUGGAUCCCCGACCUGCGGACCACCAUGUGUAUGAUCUGCACCUGUGAGUUCACCCUGACGUGGAGGAGGCAUCAUUGCCGCGCAUGUGGAAAGGUUGUGUGCCAAGCUUGUUCCUUCAACAAACACUGUCUUGCAUACAAGAAGAACCAGCCAGCUCGAGUGUGUGACCAGUGUUUUGCCGUUCUUCAGCAGAGAAGUGAAAUGACCUCAUCAGCACCUCCAGCCACUGGAAGCAAAACUGCCUUUGUCUUCAUCAGGAAGCAGAAGAAGAUACCUGCGACCCUUACAGAGGUAACGGCAAACACCGACAAUUCCUCCAUGAGUGGAUAUCUGAUGAGGUCCAAGCAAGCUAAGAAGCAGGGGAAGAGGCUGUGGUUCGUCAUCAAAGACAAAGUCCUGUACACAUACGCUGCCAGUGAGGAUGUUGCAGCUCUAGAGAGUCAGCCCCUGUUGGGCUUCAUGUUAAAAGUCGAUCCAUUGCAGAAGCUGCAGUUUAAGCUCUACCACAAAAACACUCUCUGCUACAUUUACAAAGCAGACGACAUCCAAACAGCCCAAAGAUGGAUCAGCUCGUUCAAAGAGGCCACUGUGUUGUAACCAGCUGACAACACUAAACCGAAGAGCCUGGAAGUGUUCUACCUCAGAGACACCAUGGCCAAAUGAAACUGGAAGGAAUUUAUAUAUAUAUAUAUCAGACCAUAAACACAUUUAUGGGGUUUUAGCUUGUAAAAUUACUAACCGUUGUAAAUAUUUUAUCCGAGUACACCUUUGAUUUUAUUCAUAAUUCAAUUCCACAAAGACCAGUGUUUAGCCAUCUGUAAGAAGGACCAGUACUUUAAACAAAACACUUCGGAGGUAGAAGCGAAGUAACAUUUUUUAUUUUAUUUAUUUAUUUUUUCCUUUUCUCACGCUGAGGGGUUUAGACACUACACAGUUGUAUUAUUGGGUUUCUAGCAUUGGUGGUGUAUUGGGAGUUUAAAAUUGAAUUACAUUCAUAUCAUGUUUUUGCACUUAAAUCUAAACACACACACACACACACCUUUACUGGCAUUCUGUACAGAAAUUACUGUUAUGCACAAUUUCCACACCCUUACACAAAUGUUGUAUACUUUGUCUUUUCAAAUUCUGCUGCUUAUUAAAAUGUACCGUAAACACA